AGGGGCCGGGAGAGUGAGCUCUGAAUGCAGUGCAUGGAUGUGUGAUUACAGUGUUGAUUGCCAUGGGAGGCGGGCGCUAUUUAAAGCAGGGGCUCUGACCUGCAGCAGUCUGCUGGUCUCUGUCAUGUCACUUGGUUCACUCUUCUGUCUGUGUGUGUGAAACCCGGUCACCUGGUUGCAAGGUAUGUUUGGCACUCACAGAAGCAGUUUGACUGAGCUUCGGGUCGGGCACACCGGUCGCCGCCUCAGCCGCCAACACAGUGUCCCCUCCGAACCCCUGCAGAUCCCCAAGAAUGGGCCGCCAGGGAACAGCAUACGGAGGAGCAGCAGCAUUAGUAGCAGCAAGAUGCUGUCCUUGUCCUUCAGCGAAAGCAUGCGGAGUGACAUCGACCGCUACCUGUCUGACCAGGGCCUGUACCCUUUGCGGCAGGGUGGGGGGGAACUGGGUGAGAUUAGGAGUCUGCGCGAGGUGCGGGCUGCUGCCCAGCUCAAAAAUCUGGAGGACUUUCUGAGGACCAAUGGAGUGUCUCUACAGGAGUCCAUCUCCUUCCAGACUGGAAUGAGGUACAGGAACCUUGGGAAAUCUGGCUUACGGGUAUCAUGUCUAGGGCUGGGCACAUGGGUGACGUUUGGUGGUCAAAUAACAGAAGAGAUAGCUGAGCAGCUGAUGACGCUGGCGUACGAGAACGGUAUCAAUCUGUUUGACACAGCCGAGGUGUAUGCGGCAGGGAAGGCUGAAACGGUUCUCGGGAGUAUCAUCAAGAAGAAAGGGUGGAGACGUUCCAGUUUGGUCAUCACCACCAAGAUAUAUUGGGGUGGAAAAGCAGAAACAGAGAGAGGCUUGUCUAGAAAACACAUCAUAGAGGGUCUAAGGGCGUCACUGGAGAGACUUCAGUUAGAGUAUGUGGACGUGGUGUUUGCUAACAGACCCGACCCCAACACACCAAUGGAAGGAGAUCCAUUUAACACUUCAAAAUCAAGAACAUUCAUCAUAGAAGAGACGGUCCGAGCGAUGACCCACGUGAUUAACCAGGGAAUGGCCAUGUAUUGGGGCACGUCCCGCUGGAGCUCCAUGGAGAUCAUGGAGGCGUACUCAGUGGCACGACAGUUUAACCUGAUCCCACCUGUCUGUGAACAGGCCGAAUAUCACAUGUUUCAGAGAGAGAAGGUGGAAGUACAGUUGCCUGAACUCUUCCAUAAGAUAGGUGUGGGCGCCAUGACGUGGUCUCCGCUGGCCUGUGGGAUCAUCUCAGGAAAGUAUGACAGCGGUGUGCCUCCUUUUUCCAGAGCGUCUCUCAAGGGCUACCAGUGGUUGAAGGACAAGAUCCUGAGUGAGGAAGGCCGCCGGCAGCAGGCGAAGCUGAAAGAGUUGCAGGCCAUUGCGGAGCGGCUGGGCUGCACGCUGCCCCAGCUGGCCAUCGCGUGGUGUCUGAGGAAUGAGGGGGUGAGCUGUGUGCUGCUGGGCGCCUCCAGCACUGAACAGCUGAUGGAGAACAUAGGAGCCAUUCAGGUUCUUCCAAAAUUAUCAUCAUCAAUUAUACAUGAAGUGGACAGUAUCCUAGGCAACAAGCCAUACAGUAAAAAGGACUACCGGUCUUAAAAGGAAAGCCAGUGACAGUGCUUCUUUCUCUGAGCUUUGACUGAAAAAACACUGGCACAUGGGAUCAGCACUGUCACAGGUCCUGCAGGAGAAGCCAACUCACACACUACAUGAAGUCUGCCGACAUUAGCCUGAGAGGAGGCCAAGAACCGCACGGGCAGAAGGGAAGCAUGCUCACAUACAAAUCAGCUCAGUAAGCAGAACGCCACUCCAACCAACAAGAAACCACUGAAAUCAAGC